AUGCAAAUUGAUCAGAGAGACGAGCAACGUCGGUCGUUUAUAUCUGAGCGAUUGAUUAGAUUUAAGAGGUAUAUAAGAGGAAGAAAGCUUCUGAAGUAUCUUUUCUUUGCACUGGGUACAUUUUUGUCUGUGGCAAUGAUCGUUAUAUAUUACAUCUACUAUAUGAUGGGUUCUUCUGCAGGGGAUGGACAAGACGCAGAAAAUGAAAGACCUCCAAUAGAAAUGGCAGAAGAAAAAGGCACGGAUAUAAAUAUGCACAUGGCUUCGAGCGAUGGCACAGAUGCGCUGGUUCCUUACGUAGAGGGACAGCCUCUGAACACCUUCCACUCGUAUGCUGCGCAAACACCAAGCAUUGUUGUAACAGAAAUAACUGAAGAAACUGCAGUUGGGGACUUAGAAAGAAUUUAUCCAGAGAGAAUAUACACAGCUGGCAAGACCUGCAAUGAUAAUCUGUGUGGAAGAUGCACGGACUGUGCGUUCUAUGAAGACAGGGAGCUAUACACCAAGAUGAAGAAUGCAGUGAAGUUGUACAAAACAACCACUCUAUACGACACAACAGAAAAACUUACAGAGUUCGUCGACGGAAUUAACAAAAUGCACUCGAACUUUGAUGAGAAGUAUAUGCAGUUCUUGGCAAAGGAGAUCUCCAACGACAGAAUAGUAUGGAUUACGCUUAGACUUACUGCACCAUCCAACUAUAUGUCAAACAAGGCGCCUCUUGUGUGCAGCAUAUUUGCGGAGGGAAUUGAGUACUGCUCAGUGCACAGAUUCCGGCUGCAGGUUGUCUCAAAGAAUCCAGGCUCUGGAUAUAUGGAACUUCUUGAGCCAUACUUCAAAUACAAAGGAUACAGCUUGCGGUCCUCGCUUAAGAAUCUCUGCAAGCAAGUGCUUGCUCUAAAGUCAGGAGAGACUGCAGAGGUCUCUUUCUCAAUGGUGCUGCCAAACCACAUUAGCUUAAGCAAGGUGUCUGCAGCAGAGCAGAGCGAGAGUAUAUGCAGCGCGCAUGAGAAAAACAUGCAGCUGCUUGAAAGAGCUGUGUGCAGUGACUACACAAUAGAGUCUAUUGACAAGUCUGGCAAGACCACAGUGGAGUCAAUCCAGAAGUACAAGCUGGCCCACUUUGUCUCACUAUUUGGAUACAAAAAGAAGAGCGUCAAGAAGGACAACAUCUUAAUUGCAUUCUCAGCAACCCCAAACAGAACACUUGAAGGAAUCUUUGAUGAUGCCAUGAAGUACUUAAGAAGGCUGGUGAAAGUAUCAAAAGUAGAAAAGAAUAAGAUAGAGGAAGGCAAGUACUAUGGAAGCGAAGAGGUCUAUGGAAUAAGUCUUUUGUCGUCAAUCUGUGGAUGGACGUACAAAAAGGGCCCUGUUUCCAUCAAGAUAGCUGCCCGCGAUGGGAUGAUUGAAAAAGUGUCUGCAUGCGGAAUGACCAUCCACUCGCCAUGCACUGUGGAGGAGGCUCUGCAGCUGACCCCCAUCUUUGACCAGGUGGUGGCUCUCUCAAACACUGGAAGUGCUGAGUUUGUGCAAACAGCCCGGGACACCUUGGAGAUACUAGAGUACAAAAAACCAGGAUGCAGAGCAGAGAUUGAAAUGGAUCUGAACAAAAACACUUUAUUUGGAUACAUCCGGGUGUACAACCCAUUGGGAGAUCUGGAGUCAAGCAAGAUGUACGAGUUUGCUCUUCUAGACGCUCUUUGCAAGGCCCUGGAAGAUGACACAAAAGAGCCAUGGCUUAGCACGUUUAUGCAGUCACUAGCCUUUGCUGCAUGCAUCAAAAAGCCAGAGAACUCUUCAGCCAUGAACGAAGUUAUAACUGUGGGAGAGUUCCUAGGAGCACCAGAGCCCCUUUCAAAGAAAGUACACACUAGAAAGAGCGCAGAGGACACAUGGGAUGCUCUUGACGUCCUGUACUCCUACCUCGCGGAUAAAAAAACUGGCCCAGUAAACUAUGUAUGUCUGCUUGUUGGGGAGUCUAUCUUCCUAAAGCUAUCAAUUGUAAAAGAGAUAGAUGGCGAGAAGGUGAUCUACACAACACUCUACAGCUACAAAAAGAAGAACCUGGUUGAGAAGAUCCGGGAUGCACUGAAAUCCAAUGUGUCCUUUGGUAUCUUUAACAAAAAGGACCUAGUUGCAUGGAGCGGAAUCAAUGUGGCAUACAACGUAUACAAGAGCAAGAUCGAAAAUAUUGCUCUGAAUAUUGUGGACUAUGCAUACUACAGAAUCUACUUCUCGGCACGGCCUAUCCUAAACGCAAUCAAGAGAGACAACUUGGCAGAGAUAAAGCCAAACACAGACUCGCCAAAGAUGGAGGAAGAAUUUUUCGCAUGGCUUGCUGGGUUCACGCGGUUCAGCACUGUAUCAAUAGACCACCCAAUUCUUCCAAUGAUCAUGGAGUGUGGCUCUGGGCAUUCUCUCAGCUUUACAGUUGAACUUACAGAGAAGAAGAUAAAGUCAAAGGCAAGUGAAACAUCCUGCAAGGUAAACAUUCGGUCAGGAACAUUUGAGGAGACAGUUGAGCUAGACUAUGCAGAGCUGGGAACUUCAAGCGGCACAGUCUCUGAUAAUGAAAAGGCCCUUCGUCUGCUAUUUGCACGAGUGCUGAACCUUCCCACUGUAAAGGAAGAUCCCGAGGCCUUUUUGCACAUACACAUUGAGACCCUCCCGCACUAUCCUACCAUGUACAUUCAUGUAAGAGAGCAUGGAGAAGGAAGCCAAGCGGUAUACAAUCCAAAGGAAAAGAUAGAGAUAGAUCUUGCGGAACUGAAGAAAAACGCAAAAACCUUUAUCUCUGAGGCAGGAGAUGCAUUUUUAGUCGAGAAUCCACAGCUGAUAACUAACGGAAAUAUGGCAAUACUACUAGCUAUUGCUUAA